UUCAAGGCUCUCGACAGCAGUUCCUAGCCCACAUAGUACACACGACGAAAGACUCUGGCAACGCGUACUCCGUCAAAUGCAGCGAGCAGAAGCAAGGGAACAGGAACUUCGCGGGAAAAGACGUGCUGCUGAAGAAAGGUCCUCGCGAAAUGCUUAUAAGAAGGGUCCGAAGUUAAGAGGAGAUAGGAGAGAUGACGAGGACGUACGGAUAUCGAAAACUCUUUCGUGGGUUCUGCGCCACGGAGCGAAGACGGAGGGGUUAGCAGUGCGUCCAGACGGUUAUUCACGAGUACGGGACUUGCUGGCCCUACCACGAUUUAGCGAUGUGAAUUUCCAGACAUUGGAACGAAUCGUGCAACACGAUGCAAAGGAGCGGUAUCAUUUAUUAUUUGAGACUAGCGAAAGCGAGAGUUCUGCAGUGGAAGACUGUUGGUGGAUAAGGGCUAAUCAGGGCCAUACAAUGAAGAAUAUAAAUCUCGAGUUUGCCGAAAUCACAGAUGCAGGUCAGAUACCCAUGGCAGUUCACGGGACGAAUCUUCAAGCUUGGCAGAAGAUUGAGAAAGAGGGGCUAUCGCCAAUGAAACGUACCCAUAUCCAUCUUGCUCAACACGUCUCUCAUAUUAAGGGAGCAAGAGCUACACCUGGCUUGCGUAAUAACUCCCAGGUACUCAUCUACGUUGAUCUGGACAAAGCUCUCCGUGCGGGAAUUCGAUUUUAUCUUUCGGCAAACCGCGUCGUCUUAACUAAAGGUGACGAGACCGGUUACUUGCUGCCGGAAUUCUUUCAACGAGUGACAGACGGACGUGGUGCGCCGCUUCCUGGUUGGAGCGGCACGGUUGCUACCAGUAACUCGUCAGCACGGCAAAAGUCAAGAUCACGAAGUAGUGGAAAACGAUCGAGUUCGCGAAGUAAAUCGCAAGAACGAAUAGCUGAUGGCCCUGAGGAGUCGAAAGGCGAACCCCUCAUAACGUCAGUAACGGAGGCCGUCUCUAAGAUUGAGUUGGAAGAAGUUGCUUGAUUACACUGAUAUUAGUUUGGACACUAUACGCUAUUGAUCCGGAUGAACUCUAUCUAUUCUGUACGCUUCCAUAUGUUCCGUGAUGGCAGUAAUAUACGUCGUAAAAAUGGACGUACAAUUCAUGACAGGUGUUAAACUUAGCUUGUAGGCGUGCUGCUAGGGGUGUCGGCUUCACUCAAGAGCCAAGAACUGGAGUUUUCCCUAGACAAACUCUUCACACCCCUCUUCUUACCUUUCACAGCCUCCGAAUUCGAUGAACGUGUGGUACAAUCACUCUCUCCGAGUUCACUAUCAUCUUCCCCCCACAUCGUGUAUCUAAACACCGAUUGCUUUCCCAUCUUUCGUGACUUUGCUGCUCGUAAAGGCAUCACUGACCCCUUCAGUUUAGAAGCGGAGCUUGAAGUUGUUCUCGUAUCCUUUGCAGACUUCUCGUAUCGAUUAUCUUCCCCGGGAAUUACAAUGUCGAGAUCAGAUCCAUGAUAGUCCUUGUUUACGCGAUUGCACGGCCUUGGAGUAGCUUCAUUCGUGUCGCCGGCCGAUUCUGAGUCCGAAGGAGAGCUAGAACCAUUUGCUUCAGAACGGGCAACUGGUCUAGGGCAUGGCUUUCUCGAUGUCGGCGUCCGUUUUACCCGGUGAUGUAUUGGAGAGCUCUUGGAUUUCGUCGCCAUCAUAUCGUAGUCUGAUACUGUCUCCGAUGCUUUGCCGUUCUUUCUCUUCUUUGUGCGGCGUGCAACGGGCGUGUCAGUACGGUACACAGAGCUAUCACUGAGCUCUAUAACACCCUCGCUCUUCCCACCGCUGUUUAACCCUGCUUUCGACCUUGCUUUCGGUCUUGCCUUUACCCUUCCAGUGGCCUCUGAAUGCUGCGAAGUCGGUUCGAUAACAAUAACUCU